UGCAGUUGUAGCUAAAUUCCCAAUUAAUAGACACUUCUAUUGUGCUACAAAUAAUUCAUAUCACUCAUCAAUUUUCUUAUUAAGUCACUUCUCUGAACCAAUUGAAACAUGUUUUAGUUAUGCUCACAAUUAAAUUACACCAAAAUGCCAAAUCCAAACAAGAAAACGGCGACCGAUUCCAAGUUGAAACAAAAGUUAAGAAAAAUACAUUAAAAUACAUGUUCCAUCACUUCAUCGUUAAUUAAGCAAUUAAUUAUUCGAUUAAAUCAACAAAAACAAACGCGUAAAUCUUCCUUUAAUUAACCCCUCCAAAGUCCUCAGCCAAAAUGAAACCAUUAACUAAUGGGCAUUUGCAGCUCAAGCGACUCAGCCUCUGUGUCUGUUGUCACAGCCAAGGUGAUUCUCCAGGACGGGCAGCUUCAAGAAUUCUCAAACCCAGUUAAGGUCUCGCACGUGCUUCAAAAGAGUCCCACGUGCUUCAUAUGCGACUCCGACGACAUGGAUUUUGGAGGCUUUGUUAGGGCCGUGAAUGGGGACGAAGAGCUUCAGCUCGGUCAGCUUUAUUUUGUGUUGCCGUUGAGCUGGCUGAGCAGGCCGCUUCGAGCCGAGCAGAUGGCUGCUUUGGCUGUUAGGGCAAGCUUGGCACUUGGAAAUACGAGGCGGAGGAAGCGAUGUUUUGGGCGUGGACGUAAAAGAGUCAAUCAAGUUGUGUUUACUAUUAAGAAGAAGGAUGAGCCUAGCCCGAUGGUGGCCAUGGGCAGUUAUGGUGGCGGCCCGAGCGUCGCUAGAAGUGGAGAAGUUGUGAGGAAAAGGAGAGGGAGAGGCCGCGGGCGGCGCGGUCAUGGCGGUGGUAAUGGAGGAGGUGGUGGCUUUGUGACAAGGUUGAGUGUGAUUUUAGAGGAUGAUGAUAUGAUGGAGGGGGCAUGAUAUGAUUGUGUUGUUUAUUGGAAAUGUACUUUAUAUAUUAAUCAGUUCCUUGGUUAUGUUCGUUUUUCACAUGGACAUAGAGGAUUUGAUUUUGAUUGAAUCAAAUUAAAUUAUAAUCAGAAUUUGAUCACCUUUUUUCGGGUAGAUUGAUCACAUUUUUGUUUUCAAGGGAUUAAGUUUUUCUUCUUGUUGUAAUGGCUGGCAUUGACAGUAACGUUCUAGGAUAGAUUUCCAAAGC